AUGUCCCUCAAUUCACAAUUCCCAAAGCAAGUCCCAUUCCUGCCAGGCCAUGUCUUCUCAGAUCCCUUCAAAGAAAAUCAUCACAAAACUCAGCAAUUUGCACACAUCAACGGCACUGUGCAAGAGAAAACCAACUUCAUCCACGAGGAAUUCGAUCCAAACCUAAUGGACUCAAUGAAAUUCAAUGCUCCUCCCAACCUCACUUACGGGAGCAGACAACCUCCAGAAAAUGAUUACAUUCCUCGCAUCUAACCACCAUGGUUGAAAUACGAUCGAGCUGUUUUACGUUUCUACGGUUACUUCCAAGAAUCCGUUGUUGAAAACCCCAACGAGAACUUCAGAAUCAGAAGAGUCAUCAUAUACUACUAUUUAUCAGAUGGAACAAUACAUGUGACUGAACCCAGAGUACCCAAUGCUGGAAUCCCUCAAGGCUUAUUUAUCAAGAGACAGAAGAUCACCAAAAAGUUGGGUAAGCAGGACUUCUACAAAUGGGAGGAUUUUCAAUUAUGUACAAAUGUCAAUUUUUAUGAAAGAGUUUUUAGAGUUCAAGAUUGUGACACAUACACCAGAGAAUUCUAUGAAUACAUGGGCAAGCCAUUGAAUUUGCCAGAGCAUAUGCCCAGGGACAACUUCGAAAGCAUCAGAGAAACCAAAGAUCUCAAAAUCAACCCACCCGAUACCAAAGAAUACAAGGAAUAUUUUGAAGUCAAAUUAGGAGGAGGACAUCCCAAUGGAGGACUUAAUAAAUAUUUACAAAAUGAUAGAAAAGUCUUGUCUUUUGACAUCAUAUGGGAUGAUGCUUCCAUCGAAGGCUAACUUAAUUAUUACACAUUAAACUAUUACUUGGCUGAUGAUACAUGUGAAGUCAAAGAAGUCAGAAAAUAGAAUUCAGGAAAAGAUCCUUAUCCUUUGAUGUUGAGAAGACAAAAGAUCCCCAAGGCUCCCAUUCUCACUCAUUAUCCAGGCAUGACUCUAAAGAAGGAAGAAUUUUACAGUCCUCAAGAUCUUAUUUGUGGGAACACAGUUAAAAUUUAUGGAAGAGAAUGCUUCAUUUACGGAUGUGAUGAUUUCACAAAGGAAUACUACUUGAAUGUCUUAGGAAUCCAAUAAAAGCCUGCCACAUUAAAAUAAGAGAGAGGCAAAAAGUUCUAUUAGCCAGUUCCUCCAUAUAACGGCUAUGGUUAUGAAGAGGAUUCCUUGGGAUCGGUCUAUUCCUUAUAACCAAAACCACCAAAGAAGGAUGUACGAAAGAACUUCACCCAAGAUCAAUUCAUUCUCAGAUUUGAAGCCCGACAGAUCAGCGAAGUCAGAGAGGAGAAUUCCAGAAGAUUCAUCAUAUCCUUCUACUGCGGGGAUGACACUGUUUAGGUGUAUCAAACAUCUGAAAGGAAUAGUGGAAUAUGGGGUGGCAAAUUCUAAGAGAGAUCCAGAUAAAAGAACCCAUUAACCAACGAUUAUUAUACUGAGAAGGAUUUCUAAUUAGGAGGCAUCGUUCAAUUCAAUGUCUACAAAUUCUAAUUGAUGAGAGCAGAUGAGUUCACCAUUAAUUACAUGAGAUAGAAGCCAGACGUUUUCAAAGAGGCUGACAUCUCUUAAAUCAUAGCCAAAUUAAGGUUAUUUGCAGAUGGAUAUCCAAACUUCGAUACUUUCUUGUUGGACUUGAUGAAGAAAUUAGACAAAUCACUUAAAGGAUACAUUGACUUUGAAGAAUUAUCUUAAGGAUUGUUGGAAUUAGGAUUUAAUUUGACUUUGCAAGAGCAAUAUUUCUUGAUGAGAGAAUUUGAUAGGAAUGGAGAGUGGAAAUUGUGUAUGCAAUCAUUGUGGGAAUCAUUGGGAGGCAAAAGAGCUUGAUCGAUUUAUUAUAUAAACAGAUACAUUUAUUACAUAAAACAAAAAAA